AUGGCUGCCGUGGCCGAGCCUGCAAAGGUAGCUCGCGCACCAGGGCAAGGCAGCAAUGGCGCAGCAGCAGCACUAUCGGGAGGUGAUCAAAAUCGUGCAGUGGGAUUUGGCAAUGAGACGAUAAAUGACUUCCUCGAUCGCCAGCCAGCAGCAACCCUGCGCAACCUUUACAAUCGGCCCUCGAAUACCCUCGCCGUCUUUCGCUUGCUGCCGCCCAUGGCCCGUCAGCUGGUGAUGCAUCUCCUCUUCCUCGAUGCUCCACUCGCACUAGACCAGUACCUCGUGUGGAUCAAGCGUGGAGAGGGCAAGAGGCAGCACGAGGAAGGAUUGCGCAGGCUGGAGCGACUGCACAUCAUUAUCCUCCAGGCCAGCAAGCUCACCCUCAGCGCCGUCUUCCGGGACAGUCUGCGGACUGCUCUCAUGGGAGGCGGGGAGCAUCGUUCCUUCGGCGUGCCCAGCGAGCAAGGCACUGAGGACCGGACAGUGGAUGUAGCUAUGCUGGACGAGUAUGCACGUAACAAGUGGGAGAGCAUCUUGCAUUUCAUGGUGGGAUCCGAAGGCGCUCCAUCCCCAGGCGAAGCAGUCCUCUAUCUCCUGCGCCGGUCCGACUUGAUGCAGCGAGUAGAGGAUUCGAAUCGGUUAGGGAUCACCUCCAGAGGGUUUCAAUUCCUGCUAGAGGACGUGAAUACCCAGCUGUGGGAUAUUCUUCUGCAGUACCUCUCCCUCAGCAAUCAACGUCGGAUGGACAUUGUCGACAUCCUCUCCUUCCUCUUCAUGCUGGGCUCUCUCACUCUAGGGCAAAGCUACUCUGCCGAGGAUCUUCCCGAGAGUCAGCUUCACUGUCUACAAGACUUUGCAGACUAUGGUCUGGUAUACCAAACGUCACCCAAGCACUUCUACCCCACCCGUCUCGCCACCACGCUCACCAAUCACGAUGCUCAGCCCUUGCGCGGCGGUAGUGGUUCAGACGAGGAGCAAGGCUUCAUUGUCCUCGAGACCAACUACCGAUUGUACGCCUAUACUUCAAAUCCAUUGCGUAUUGCAGUCCUGCAACUCUUUACCCAUAUCAAAGCUCGCUUUUCCAAUCUAGUCCUAGGAUCCCUCACACGUGAUUCAAUCAAGGCAGCCCUCGCAAAGGGAAUUUCGGCAGAACAAGUCAUUGCCUAUCUCUCCCAUCACGCUCAUCCUCAAAUGAUAGCACGUAAUGAUCCUCUCUUACCAAUUACAGUAACGGAUCAAGUUCGUCUAUGGGAACGUGAAAAGAAUCGGGUAGCAGCAGAAGAAGGUUACCUCUACAUGGAUUUCAGUAGUGCAGAAGAUUUCAAAUUGGUCAGGGAUUAUGCCAAGAGUUUGAGCGUUUUACUUUGGCAAGAAGAGAGGAGUAGGAGAUUCUUUGUAGAGGCCAGGGGACAGGAACCGGUCAGGGAUUUCAUUAGGAGGAGAUUGGCCUAG